CCCGCUGUAUCAACAGAUCCAUUGAUAAUUUGGCACCCACCGAUGGUUUCACGUGCAGAAAGCAGCGCACAAGCACAAAUGCGUGUACCGGGAAAGAUGGAGGAACUCCUGGCUCCAUUUGAGGAGGAAGAGAGUGUGCCGGAUGCAUUGACAGACCUAUCGAUGUUUGGGCACCCAUCGUUGGUUUCGCAUGCAGAGAGCAGCGCACAAGAACAAAUGCGCGUACCAGGAAAGAUGGAGGAACUCCUGGCUCCAUUUGAGUAUUCCUCCAGACGGCAAAGAUGGUGGAAUAUACUUGGUUUAUCAGUGGGGACUGUACUGAAGUUUAUACACUUGGUUUAUCGGAGGUCACCAGGGUUUCUGUUGCUUGAAGAUCAGAGAGAAGAAGAAGAAGAUCAUGAUGCAGGGGUGCAAGCAGCAGCCCCUGCAACAGGCCCAGCGCCAAUGGCGGUGGCAGCAGCGGCAGCAGCUGCUGAUCCUGCAGAGCUCGUCGGGGAACUUGAGCUUCAGCAGCAACAUGUCGCUGCUGAGGGAGGACGAGGAGAUGUCGAGGGCUGCUCUGUCCACUUUCAGGGCCAAGGAGGAGGAGAUCGAGAGGAAGAAGAUGGAGGUCUGCGACUGCAUCCUCUCCCACCUGGGUCGGAUCAAGGAAGAGACCAAAGGCUUGGCCACUAUUCAUAAGAUCCGCAACAUAAAAUCCCCACAUGAAAUUGGUUUACUUGGGGGCUUUUUCUUUUCUAUGUUCUGGUAAUAGCAAAUAAGAGGUGAGGGCUUUUUGUAGUUAUAUUCAUGGAGAGUUUUUUGAAAUUUUGUUUUGGGAAUGAACAGCAAAACGGCAGCGAAGAUGACAGUGGUGAGUAUAAAGCUGCUGAGGAACAAGAAACAGGCAAUGGUGAAGCAGAUGAGGCACGACGUCGUGUCUGGUCAGGACGCCACUACUUGUGUCCAGGUACAUCUAGUUCUUUCAUUACGAUUUGCUUUUGGUUAUUGCAUUGGCAGUUGGUGUGGCUUUUUGUUAUUGGACGGAACUCGACUGUGUUGAGAGAAAUUGGUUCUGAGAAAAACGGUUACUCUCAAAUUUUUAGUGGUUUUUGUACAUCUAAUUUAUAAUUAGAAUGCUUGAGACUGCUGAGCUUGAAAUAGUCAUAUCGUUUUUGGUUGCAUUCA